UGAGGUUGGGUCCCAUGAAUUUUCAUGAUGUUGUUGUUGUCUUGACAACAGCUGAUCAUUGUUUUUAUUUGACAUUUUAUAAACACAAUAAUAAGGCAAAGCAAGGAGUAUAAAAUUUAUACAUCAAAGUUGGAUACAAUGAUGUCGAAAUUAUGGCUGAUUUUUUAUUUUUAUUUUUACAUAAAUUCGGUAUUUAUUGAUGAAGUUGAAGGAACAAAAAAAAUACCAGUUGUUGUUAUAACAUGGGACUAUUACAAUGCCACUGAAAUUGCUUGGAAAGUAUUGAAUGAAGAUAAAAAAAGUUCAAUUGAUGCUGUUGAAGCAAGUUGUAGACUCUGUGAAGAUCAACAAUGUAGAACAACUGUUGGAUUUGGUGGAAGUCCAGAUGAGACUGGUGAAACGACUCUUGAUGCAAUGAUUAUGAAUGGAACAUCAAUGGACGUUGGUGCAGUUGGUGGAAUACGACAAAUUAAAAAUGCAAUAUCAGUUGCUCGAAAAGUUUUGGAUAAUACAAAACAUACUUUACUUGGUGGUAGUCUUGCAACUGAUUUUGCUAUUAAAAUGGGUUUUAAAAUUGAAUCAUUAUCAACAAAUUUUUCACAAACAAUGUGGAACAAUUGGAAAAAUAAUAAUUGUCAACCAAAUUUUUGGAAAAAUGUUUCUCCUGAUCCAUCAAAAAAAUGUGGUCCAUAUAAAAAGAAUAUUUUAACUGAUACAAAUGAUGAAAAUUAUUCACAUUCAACAUCGGAAAAUCAUGAUACAAUUGGAGUUGUUGCAGUUGAUGUUAAUGGUAAAAUAGCAGCUGGUACAUCAACAAAUGGAGCAAAAUAUAAAAUACCAGGUAGAAUUGGUGAUUCACCAAUACCUGGAGCUGGUGCUUAUGCUGAUGAUGAUGUUGGUGCUGCUGCUGGUACUGGUGAUGGUGAUAUAAUGAUGCGUUUUUUACCAAGUUUUUUAGCAGUUGAAGAAAUGCGUCGUGGUGCAACACCAGAGGAAGCAGCUAUUGUUGCCAUAAAAAGAAUUGCUGAUAAAUAUCCUGAUUUUGUUGGUGGUGUUAUUGCUGUUAAUAAAUUUGGUGAUUAUGGUGCAUCAUGUAAUGGAAUGGAGACGUUUGAUUAUUUUAUUAGUAAUCCAAUUUUAAAUAAACCAACGCCACAAAAAGCUAAAUGUAUUGGUAAAUUGAAAUAUCAGGAUGAUGAUUAUGAAAUGAACCAAGUGGUGAUGGUUUAAUUCCGAGAUAUUUAAUUUUAAUUUUAUUAAUAAUAUCAUGUACUUGAUUUGUUUUUUUUAAAUAUAAAAUAAUAAUAUAUUUUUAAUUUUUCCAAUAAAAAAAUAUGAAUAAACAAU